CGCCCACAGUCCUGCAUGGUCAGCAUGUGCCACUCGCUGCGGGGCGAUAUGACUUUGUGCUAGGUACCCAGGCCUGCCAGGAAGGUGUCCUACAUAUCGAAGAGACUUGUAAGCAAUAGGAAGAGUUUGUUGAAAGAUAAAGUAUAGAUCAGAAACUUGACAGCGAUGACAACCUCACAGAAUGACGAUCAAGCAGAUGAGCCGCUCUUGGUCUUCGAUACGCCUAUGGAUAACCAGGUCAUCGGUGAAGAUGACACUCUACGAACUGAAAAUACCUCAAUGAGCGAUUGGGAGAGACGGAACAUCAUUGAGCGCACCAGUGGCAGCAUCCAUACUCGCGUUGAGUUGCUUUCCGUCACCCACGGAUCAUACAACGAAGGAGGAGACAAAGCCACGCUGAUGGUUUUCCGUUUCCGCUUUGAUCCUCAGAAGAGCUCACGAAGGGUCAUUCGAGCCAAAGUCGAAAUCGAGUUCUUCGCCAAGAACGACUCGAAUCUCGUUGUAGAUGCCAUCGCGCCCGAGGAACGUUGGACAGUGGUACCGACGACUGAUACCGAGACGACAACGCGCAGCGGCCAGCUGAACCUGGGUGCUUCAGGUGUGCCCUUCCUCCAGGCCGGCGCUACAGCAAGCUUGGAGAAGACGUACAGCAGGGAUAUCAGCGAUGCGACGACUGUUACGGGCAGCAUCAACCUCGGUACCGGGAAGAACUCGGGCGAAUCUACGGUGGCAGUAUGGAAUUUGCAGGAGAAUGAGCGCCGUAAGACGGGGGUGCCAGAUUCAGUAACGACUGCGAUUCUUGUGCGACGAUCUGGGGAUGAGCGUUUUAACGCUGAAGUUACGCUACAGGCUGACGUUGACUGGGUCACUGGGUGGGAACGCAAGCUUUCCAAGAUACCAUUGGAUGACCCCAUCUUAUUUAAUCCCAGAGAGACAGGGGGGGUAAGCAAGAAGGGAAGGUCUUGCGGUGCGAAAGACUUGGCGAGCGUGGAUUUGAAUCAAUUGUGCAAAGUGAGAAUGGCUGUCGAGGCUCCAUUUGUUGCAAAAUGAACUCGUGGUACGCAAAACUUGUUGGUAAACAUAGACAGCCACUGGAAAUCAAUCAAUGACCAACCCUUCCAUGGAGAAGCCCCUAGUCAGGCUGUAGUAGGGCAGGGGUAUAUGCAUGUAAGAUACAGGGGUGAUGGUGAUACAGCUGCACCUCGCAAACUCGUCACACUAUCUGCAGUGCUGCCUUGCCUCCCCCUCCUUGGAAGGACAAUCUCUUGUUCACCCUUUGUGAGGCUCUCAAAGUAGGCUGCGGAUAUCCAAACGACUACCCACCAGAGAUUGAGUUGAAUACUUGGAGAACAAUUCGAUCU